UGAUACACCAUUUCUUCCUCGUCUUCUUCUUCAUCACUUCUUCUCCAUCUUCAUCAUAUCAAAUCAAAGUCAAACAUAAACAGAGACAUAAUUCAACUUCCCUCAAACAAGCUCCCUCUUCAACCCUUUCUUCUUCUUCACUCUUUCUCAGACAAAGUUCCCUUCUUUUCUCCCUUCUAUCAAUAACAAUUACCCCACUUUCACUUACCCCACAAUCCUGCUAUCUCAAAUCAACCCUCUUUCUUUCUCUUUCUCUCUCUACAACACAAGCAAACAAAACACCAUUCAUUAUGUGCAACCCGCCAACACCAUGUAUUUAACCAUUCUUCUUCACAACUUCUGACACAAACAACUCUCUCCUUCUGUCCUUUCUCUUCUUUUCUCUGCUCUCAAAUUACCAGAUCCUCUCCCAUUUCAACUUUUCUCUGUUCAACACCCUUUCUCCAAAUCCAACAAUACUAAAAAGAUUCUCUUCACUCCAUAAUUCGCACCCAAUCUUCUGACUCUUCCUUAUUUUCGCUGCUCACCUAUUCCUACUUCCCAAGUUCCUAUCUUUUCCGCACCCGAUAAUCGAAAACCCCGAGAAUCACCUUCUGCCCCAUCUGGGUGCAUCUCAUUGUUCAAUUUUUACACCCCUCUCUCUCUGGGUUCUUCGUCUUCUUAUUCUGGGGAUCCGUGAGAGAGGGAAAUGUGGGAUGUUUUCGUGGCUGGCAAGGAUAGUGUCGGCAUGCUUGAGACCGGUGAGGCGAUAUGCGCGUAUGAGCAAGGAUGACUUCGACGACGCCGCCGCCGCCAGCGACGUGCUCGUGUGGCACCGCGAUCUCGAGAAGCACUCCUGCGGCGAGUUCUCCUUCGCCGUCGUGCAGGCUAACGAAGUGAUCGAGGAUCAAAGCCAGGUGGAGACCGGCGCCGACGCCGUCUUCGUCGGCGUCUAUGACGGACACGGCGGAGCCGAAGCCUCGCGCUUCAUCAACGAUCACCUAUUCCUUAAUCUCAUGAGGGUUGCUCAAGAAAAUGGUUCUAUCACCGAAGAUAUUAUCAGGAAUGCUGUUUCUGCUACUGAGGAUGGGUUUCUGACUCUUGUUCGAAGGAGUUAUGGAAUAAAGCCAUUGAUAGCAGCAAUGGGUUCCUGUUGCCUGGUUGGUGUUGUCUGGAAAGGAACACUAUAUAUUGCGAAUCUCGGAGACUCUCGAGCUGUGAUUGGUUCUGUAGGUAGAUCAAACAAGAUCAUCGCUGAACAGUUGACCAAAGAGCACAAUGCAAGCAAGGAGGAGGUUAGACGAGAACUCAGGUCUUUGCAUCCAGAAGAUUCACAAAUUGUAGUUAUGAAGCAAGGAACGUGGCGCAUUAAAGGCAUCAUCCAGGUAUCCAGAUCUAUAGGAGAUGCAUAUUUGAAGCGGCCGGAGUUCUCGUUCGAUCCGUCAUUCCCACGGUUCCAUCUGCCUGAACCUAUCCGCCGCCCUGUGCUAACUGCAGAACCAUCCAUAUGUUCAAGAGUUUUACGACCUAAUGAUAAGUUCGUUAUCUUUGCAUCUGAUGGACUCUGGGAGCACUUGACAAACCAGGAAGCUGCUGAGAUCGUUCAUAACAAUCCACGAACAGGGAUUGCAAGAAGACUUCUUAUGGCAGCUUUGAAUGAAGCAGCUAGGAAAAGGGAAAUGAGAUAUAAAGACCUCCAGAAGAUUGGAAAGGGGAUUAGACGUUUCUUCCAUGAUGAUAUCACAGUGGUGGUUGUCUUCAUUGACCAUGAAAUGGGUGGCAAGAAGGUUACAGUUCCUGAGUUGUCCAUCAAAGGGUUUAUUGACACAGUUGGACCAUCAAAUUUUAGAAAUUUGCGGGGUUUGGAAUGAUCACAACAUUGUCAUUAGACAUUUUUGCAGCAUCUAAUUGUUGUUUAUCUUCAAUAUUUAUUCUCACUUAACUUCUACGUUUUAAACUAUACUUUGUCUAUUGGAAACAUGUUUGCUGGUGAUAAAUUAGGGAAACCAUGCUUCUCUCAUGCUUUUUUUCUU